AGUAUAGUAAAUAAUUGAAUAUUCUCUAAUGAAGUUGCUAAUAUUUAAUAAUAUAUAAAGAAAAGAUUCUAUUAAAAUUAAUAUGAAUAUAAUGAAAAUUUUUUUUUUGUUUUAGUAAUUCUUUUAAAAUAGUUCAUUUAUGUUAUUCAUUACUUUUUCUCUAUCGCUAUAUCUAUUAGUCGGUAUGUAUAUAGUACAAGAUCAAAAAAAACUUUUACACUCUCUCUGGAGAAAACAAAAAAGAAAACAUCCACUAUCAAAAGAAAAUCGGACCUGAGCCGAAACUUGGAACGAUGUUGAUUUUGUAAAAAUUCAAAUGAACUUUUCACUUUUUUUUCUCUCUAUUUCAGUCUAUCCAUUACGUGGAAGUUCCAUUGACAUUCAUCCAAAUGCUCGAUGGCAACAGAAUGGUCUCACUGUUGCUGGAGGAAAUCAACUCUCAAACUCAUUGGGUUUGUAUGUUGAUGAUGAUGAAACAAUAUAUGUCGCUGAUCAGUUGAAUCACCGUAUUGUGGAAUGGAAAUUGGGUGCGACGAAUAGUCAAGUGGUUGCUGGUGAAAAUGGACAAGGAAGUGGAGAUCAUCAGUUGUCUUAUCCACAAGAUGUGAUCGUCGACAACGAGAAAGACAGUCUAAUCAUCUGCGGUGGCUUGAAUAAUAGAGUAGUUCGAUGGCCUCGUCGAAAUGGGACAAGUGGAGAAACAAUCAUCUCCAACAUCGAUUGUUUGGGUUUGACGAUGGACGAGAAUGGAUCUCUUUAUGUCGUUGACGAAGGAAAACAUGAAGUAAGACGAUAUGGAAGAGAAGAAUCUCAAGGAACAGUAGUUGCAGGUGGCCAUGGAAGUGGAAAUCGUCUCGAUCAACUCUAUCGCCCACAUUAUGUAUUCGUCGAUCGAGAUCAUUCAGUAUACGUGUCUAAUUAUGGAAAUGAUCGUGUGAUGAAAUGGGUGGAAGGUGCAAAACAAGGUAUUGUCGUGGCUGGUGGUCAAGGAAAAGGAAAUUCUUUUACGCAAUUGUCAUAUCCUCAAGGAGUUGUUGUCGAUCAAAUGGGCACUGUCUAUGUGUCUGAUGGUGGGAAUGGUCGAGUCAUCCGUUGGUCUAAAGGAACCACAUAUGGAAGUGUUAUUGUUGGUGGAAACGGUAAUGGAGAACAAUCUAAUCAGCUCCAUUGA